GCCAAAUACUUCAAGUACUACUACAGUACCCUGCCUAGUGGAUACUCCUCGUCCAGUUCACUUUUAAACUCGGCAAAGCAGAAAGAAACCCAUCAUGUUUGUGCUGGCCAUUCUGUCUGCGGUCGCGGGCGUGGCCGCCGCGCGACAGUACGACACUGAUCGAUGCACGAUCUUGCUCGUCGGAGCCAAAGCCUCGGCCACUGGCACACCCAUGACGACCCACACGGCGGACUCGUCCAACUAUGACUUCCGCAUCGCCAAGGUGCCUCAACAGCAACAUGCCACUGGGACGAGCCGCAACGUGCCGUUGUUGCGCCAAGAAUACCCCCGAUAUGUUGGUCGGGAUCGGGGCGCCAAAGAGUACUUUCGUGAAAAUCUCGAGCCAGGCUUUUUCAACUGGACCGAAUCCCCCACCAUCGGUCAGAUUCCUCAAGUGGCCACCACGUACGGGUACAUCGACGGCAUGUACCCCAUCAUCAACGAGCACCAGCUAGCCUUUGGCGAAAGCACUUGUGGGGCCAAAUUGUGGGCCAAACCAGCUACCCAAGGCGGCAAAGCGCUCUUCGAUAUCACAGAGCUGGCGCGCGUCGCGCUAGAACGUACGAGAACCGCGCGAGAGGCCAUCCAACUCAUGGGGGACUUGGCCGUGCAGUACGGGUACUAUGGCGCCGAGUGGGAAGGCGACUCAGUUUUGAGUGAAGCGGGGGAGACUCUGACUGUGACAGACACCAAGGAAGGGUGGGUGUUUCACAUCCUGCCAGACGACUCGGGGGCGUCGGCGGUGUGGGUGGCCCAGCGAGUCCCCGACACGCACAUCGUGGCCAUCGGCAACCAAUUCAUCAUCCACCACGUCAACUUGACCGACUCGGACAACUUCCUCGGCUCCUCCAACCUCUACGACGUGGCCAAACGCAAUAACUUCUGGGACGGCCAGUCCGACUUUGACUUUACAGUCGCGUACGCCGAGCCCUUUGACGCUGACACGAGCAAAAUCGUGACCCGCCGCCAAUGGCGUGUCCUGACGCUGGCCAAUCCAAAGCUAAACUUGAGUCCGUUCACGGAUGUUUACGGCACCGACUAUCCGUUUUCCGUCGAGACUGGUCGCAUUCUGACUGUGCACGACAUCAUGCGCAUCCAACGCGACCACUACGAAAACACUCCGUUCGACUUGACCCAAGGCCCGGCGUCUGGACCAUACGGCAACCCCGCUCGCUACGGCACGGGGCCCAAUGUAACAGCGCCUGCGUGGUCGAACGGCCAACGAACGAUCUUUGAACGACCGAUCUCAUACCACACGACAGCGUACUCGUACGUGACGAGUUUGCACCCCACGAAUGACAACCUUUCACUGCUCUG